AUGGCUUUCCCGAUCCAAUUCCAAUUUCAGUUUCAGUUAUUCCUUUUCGCCACUUUAUCGAUUAUUGUUCAUGGCCAUGGCAUGUCCGAGGAGGGUUUAGGAUUCUCAUACACGGCCGAAAAAAAUGGCCCUGAAAAAUGGGGAAGCAUAAGCGAUGAUUAUUCCACAUGUCAAUCCGGAGAAUCGCAAUCCCCAAUAGACAUCAUUGUCAAAGAAACAACAGAAAACAAGAAUUUGAAAACACUGACAAGGAAGUAUAAGGCUGUUGAAGCUACAUUCAUCAAUCACAAAUACAUGCUUGAGUUGCAUUUGGGUAAUGCUGGAGGAUUUAACUUUGAUGGGAAAGAUUACACAUUGAAGCAAAUUCAUUGGCACACCCCUUCCGAGCAUACCAUUGAUGGACAACAAUAUGAUGCAGAGGGUCAUCUUGUUCAUGUAGCUUCAGAUGGUAGUAAGGCAGUUAUUGCAAUACUUUACCAGAUUGGGAAUGCUGAUCCCAUCAUUGCUAAGUUACAAGGUAAGUUGAAAGAAUUGGCAAAGGAAAAAUGUGGACCAAAUGAGAUAUCUCAUAUUCCUGCUGGAAAAUUCAACACUCAAAAGUUAGAAAGGAAUACUCGCAAGUAUUAUCAUUAUGUUGGCUCACUUACUAGUCCUCCUUGCUCUGAGACUCUCAAUUGGAUCAUCCUUGGCAAGGUAAGAUCAAUUUCAAAAAAACAGGUGGAACUUCUGCAGGACCCACUGGAUUCCACGUGUAAGAAAAACAACAGACCGGUCCAACCAAUGAAUGGACGACAAGUGGCUCUGUACAGUGAAUCCCACUAG